UAUUUUGGGGGAGAGGGCUGGGCGAGCGAGGCUCGCUCUGAGAGGCUCCGGAGGAAGCAGUCCGCAGUCAACUGAGACAUCGACGGAGGGGGAGGAGUAGCGAGAGCAGCAGCAGGAGCAGACCCUUGCAGGGCCCCUGGUCGUAGAGUCCUGGACACCCAGCAGGCGCAUCAUGCCGCUGCUGCGGAGCCCAGAUGGUAGCCGAAACUAGCGGCCAGGACCUCUUCCUCUCCGUGCCGCUCUCUCCGGCCCCGCCAUGUCCGCCACCCGGGGCAACGGGGAGCACUGGAAGUCUCUGGAGUCGGUGGGCAUCAGCCACAGCGAGCUGGCCAUGGCGGAGGCCCUGCAGAUGGAGUACGACGCCCUGACCCGCCUGCGGAACGACAAGGAGGAGAGCCGGGCCAAGGGGCGGGCGGAGCCGCCGCUCAUCAGCUGGGACGGGCCCGUCCUGGAGUACUACGCCAAGCCGGCGGCCGGCGGCCGGAGAGAUGUCCAGCUGGCGCGGGGGCUGUCGGGCUCGGACCCCACCCUCAACUACAACUCCCUGUCCCCACGGGACCUGCCGCCCAACCGCUGCCCCUCAGGGGGCUCCCGGCCCGGCUCGGACCCCCAGCCCUGGUGCAAGGGGCCCCUCCCGGGGGACUACCUAUACAUCUUUGGCAGCUCUGGUGGGGGACUCUCCCUGCCCUUGGGUCCCCCGGAGCUGAGCGACGGGGACUCCCCCAAGAAGCUGUCCCCUCCCCCGCUGCCCCCCCGUGGCUCCAUCUGGGCCGAAGCCCCCCAGCCGCAGGGGAAGGGCUCGCUCAACGACAUCAACACCUUCUCCUCGUCCCGGCCUCCCCCCGGCAAGCUUCUGGGGCGGCGGAUCAUGGAGGAGGAGGAGGAGCGGGAGGAGCGGGAGGAGGAACGGGGGGAUGGGGGCGGGGGCGGCCGAGGGGACCUGCUGGGGGCGAUGGACUUUGACGGCAUCAACGACGCCAUCACCCGCCUCAACCUGAAGUCGACGUAUGAUUCGGAACUGCUACGGGCCCCCGGCAGGGACUGGAAGGAGGGUCGGGGCAUUCUGAGCUUUGCCAAGGACACGCCCGGGAAGCCGGUGGCUCGGAGCAAGACCAUGCCCCCUCAGGUGCCCCCUCGCACCUAUGCCUCCCGCUGUGCCAACCGCAAGAAUGCAGCGUCCAACAAGAACCGCCGCAUCUCCGCCGAUCCGAUUGGCUCCCGGCCCCACUCUGCCACCAGUGGCUAUGAGCUGUUUGAGGUCUCGGAGGAGAGGGAUGAGGAAGUAGCCGCUUUCUGUCAUAUGCUGGAUGUCCUGCGGGCUGACUCCAACGUCCAGGACUACUCCCUCACCGGCUAUGUCUGGAGCGCCGUCAACCUGAGCCCGGAGCACCUGGGUCCAGGCGUCAGCCUGAAGGUGACGGUGGUGUGUGACUGUCUGCGGGAGCCAGUCACCUUCACUUGUGACUGUUCCUCCACCGUGGAUCUCCUCAUCUACCAAACCCUGUGCUACACCCAUGAAGAGCUGCAUGAGGUGAACGUGGAUGACUUUGUGCUGAAGCUUUGCGGGCUGGAGGAGUUCUUGCAAAACAAAGAAGCCCUAGGUAGCCACGAGUACAUCCAGCAGUGCCGAAAGUUUGACGUUGACAUCCGGUUGCAGCUGUUGAGGCGCAAAGCGGUGGGCAGUGAUCUGGCCCGAACGGCAAAUGAUGACCAGAGCCCCUCCACCCUGAACCACUGUGUCCGUCUCCAGGAGAGGCCCGUGAAGCAGACUAUUAGCAGGCAGGCCCUGAGUCUCCUCUUCAACACUUACCAUGAUGAGGUGGAUGCCUUCCUGAUGUCUGAGGGAGACUUCUCACCAAAGGCCGAGCGGGUGGUCCAAUCCGUAAUGGCCAUCUGCAAUGCCCUGGCGGCCGUGGAAUCCCCAGAGAUCACCAGUGCCCUCAACCAGAUGCCACCAUGCCCCUCCCGCCUGCAGCCCCAAAUCCAGAAGGAUUUGAGUGGCCUGACUGUGAGGGAGAACCGAGAGAAGGUGGUGGAGUCCCUGACGGCCGCCAUCCUGGAGCUGGUGGAGCUGUACUGCAACACGUUCAACGCCGACUUCCAGACAACGGCGCACGACAGCCGGAAACACGCCCUGGUGCAAGAGGCCUGCCUCCUCCCCAGGCCCCUGUCCUUCACAGUCUACGCCGCCCAUCGCAUUCCCAUCACCUGGGCCACCAGCUAUGAAGAUUUCUACCUCUCCUGCUCCCUCAGCCAUGGUGGCAAGGAGUUGUGCCGUCCCCUCCAGACCCGCAAGGCGCAUGUUUACAAAUACCUCUUCCACCUCAUUGUCUGGGACCAACAAAUCUGCUUCCCGAUUCAGGUGAACAGGCUGCCCCGGGAGACGCUGCUGAGCGCCACCCUCUAUGCCGUGCCCAUCCCGCCCCCUGGCAACUCGUCUGAGGCCAACAAGCAGCGGCGGGUCCCCGAGGCCCUGGGCUGGGUCACCACCCCGCUCUUCAACUUCAGGCAGGUCCUGACCUGUGGCCGAAAGCUGCUAGGCCUGUGGCCGGCAACCCAAGACAACCGCAGUGCCCGCUGGAGUGCCCCCAACUUCCACCAGCCAGAUAGCGUGAUCCUGCAGAUUGACUUUCCCACCUCCACCUUUGACGUGAAGUUCACCAGUCCUCAGGGGGCAGAAUUCAGCCCCUGCUACGAGUUUGGCAGCCUGGGGGAGGAGGACCAGCGCAAGCUCAGGGACAUCAUGCAAAAGGAGUCUCUGUACUGGUUGACAGACGCGGAUCGGAAGCGGGUGUGGGAGAAACGCUACUACUGCCAUGCGGAGGUGAGCUCCCUGCCCCUGGUUCUCGCCAGCGCUCCCAGCUGGGAGUGGGCCUGUCUGCCCGACAUCUACGCCCUGCUGAAACAAUGGACCCACAUGAACCACCAGGAUGCCCUGGGGCUCCUGCAUGCCACUUUCCCAGACCAAGAAGUGCGUCGGAUGGCCGUACAGUGGAUUGACUCCAUCUCGGAUGCCGAGCUGCUGGAUUAUUUACCCCAGCUAGUGCAGGCUCUGAAGUAUGAAUGUUACCUGGACAGCCCCCUGGUGCGCUUCCUCCUGAAGAGAGCAGUUUGCGACUUGCGCAUCACCCAUUAUUUCUUUUGGCUGCUGAAGGAUGGCCUGAAGGACUCGCAGUUCAGCAUUCGCUAUCAGUACCUGCUGGCCGCCCUGCUGUGCUGCUGUGGGAAGGGCCUGCGGGAGGAGUUCAACCGCCAGUGCUGGCUUGUCAACACACUGGCCAAGCUGGCCCAGCAGGUUCGGGAGGCGGCCCCUUCGGCCAGGCAGGCAAUCCUCCGCUCAGGGCUGGAGGACGUGAAGCAGUUCUUCAUCCUCAAUGGCUCCUGCCGUCUGCCCCUCAGCCCCAGCCUCCUGGUGAAAGGCAUUGUGCCCCGGGACUGUUCCCACUUCAAUUCCAAUGCUGUGCCCCUGAAGCUGUCCUUUCAGAAUGUCGACCCCCUGGGAGAGAACAUCCGGGUCAUCUUCAAGUGUGGGGAUGACCUGCGGCAGGACAUGCUGACCCUGCAGAUGAUCCGCAUCAUGAACAAGAUCUGGGUGCAGGAGGGGCUGGAUAUGCGCAUGGUCAUCUUCCGCUGCUUCUCCACGGGCCGCGGGCGGGGGAUGGUGGAGAUGAUUCCUAACGCGGAGACUCUGCGCAAGAUCCAGGUGGAACACGGGGUGACGGGGUCUUUCAAGGACCGGCCGCUGGCUGACUGGCUACAAAAGCACAACCCUGGGGAGGAUGAAUAUGAGAAGGCAGUAGAGAACUUCAUUUACUCCUGCGCUGGCUGCUGUGUGGCCACCUACGUGCUGGGCAUCUGCGACCGACACAACGACAACAUCAUGCUCAAGACCACCGGCCACAUGUUUCACAUCGACUUCGGCCGCUUCCUGGGCCACGCCCAGAUGUUUGGGAACAUCAAGCGAGACCGCGCCCCUUUUGUCUUCACCUCAGACAUGGCCUACGUCAUCAACGGGGGAGACAAGCCUUCCAGCCGCUUCCACGACUUUGUGGACCUCUGCUGCCAAGCCUACAACCUCAUCCGCAAGCACACCCACCUCUUUCUCAACCUGUUGGGCCUGAUGCUAUCCUGUGGAAUCCCUGAGCUGUCGGACCUGGAAGACCUCAAGUACGUGUAUGAUGCCUUGAGGCCCCAGGACAGCGAAGCCAAUGCCACCACCUACUUCACGAGGUUGAUUGAGUCCAGCCUGGGCAGUGUAGCCACGAAGCUCAACUUCUUCAUCCACAACCUGUCACAGAUGAAAUUCACGGGCUCAGAUGAUCGGCUGACCCUCUCCUUCGCCCCCCGCACUCACACCCUCAAGGGCACCGGCCGCAUCAGCGAUGUUUUUCUCUGCCGUCACGAGAAGGUUUUCCACCCCAAUAAAGGCUAUAUCUACAUGGUCAGGGUGCAGCGGGAGAAUGCCCGUGAGGCCGUCUACAUUCAGCGGACCUUCGAGGAGUUCCAGGAGCUGCAUAACAAGCUGCGUCUGGUCUUUCCCUCUUCCCAUUUGCCCAGUUUCCCCAGUCGGUUUGUGAUUGGCCGCUCCCGAGGUCAGGCCGUGGCUGAGCGGCGGAAGGAGGAACUGAACAGCUACAUCUGGCACCUGAUCCACGCGCCUUCUGAGGUGGCAGAGUGUGACCUGAUCUACACGUUCUUUCACCCUCUGCCCCGGGAUGAGAAAGCAGCAGGCACCAGCCCAGCCCCCAAGUCCUUAGACGGCACGUGGGCACGGCCAGUGGCCAAGGUGGGAGGGGAGGUGAAGCUCUCCAUCUCCUACAGAAACAACAAACUCUUCAUCAUGGUCAUGCACAUCCGGGGCCUGCAGCCUCUCCAGGAGGGAAAUGACCCCGACCCCUACGUGAAGAUUUACCUCCUCCCGGACCCCCAGAAAACCACCAAGAAGAAGACCAAAGUGGCCCGGAAAACCUGCAACCCAACCUACAAUGAGAUGCUGGUGUAUGACGGGAUCCCCAAGGGCGACCUGCAGCAGCGGGAGCUUCGCCUUAGUGUGUUGAGCGAAGCAAGUUUCUGGGAGAAAACCCUCCUGGGGGAGGUAUGCAUCUGCCUGAGGGAGCUGGACCUGGCCCAAGAGAAGAAGGGCUGGUUUGCGCUGGGUUCCCGAAGCCACGGGACCAUGUGAGCCCAGUUAGAGCCGUGGCCUGGAGGCCCGGAGGAGGAGAAGGAGGAGAUUGGGGAGAGAGGACCUCCCUGCCCCUUCCGAUCCCCUCCAUCAAGAACAAGCCCCCGAGGGGCCAUGGAGGGAGGGGACUUUCCCUCGGUCACAUGGAUCUGGACUGGGGGAAGAGAGCAAAACGUUCUCUCUCCUUCCCCCUUCACACUGUGAACUUGGGUCAUGAGGGGCUGCUGCGUAGCCACCGUGAAGGCUGAAACCGAAUUUUAAGUUUACCUUGUGUCAAGGGAACAAUAACUGGAUUUGGGGUGGGGACCGGAGUAGUGCCGACCAGGUAUCUGAGGUAAU